GGCGUGUUUCAUAGUGUGACCAUUGCGAAAUUGAAACUUAUUUCAAAGCGAUAGUGUUUUGAGGCAUUGAGUAAUGCACUUGAAAGAACAAUUCCACUAUGGGGACCGAAAAAGUUGUCAUUUUGGCAGUCGGGUCAUUCAAUCCUCCAACAAAUGGACAUCUUUGCAUGAUGGAGGAUGCCAAGUACUCACUAGAAAAGUCAGGAAAAAUAGUUCUCGAAGGAAUUAUGAGCCCAGUCAGUGAUGGUUAUGCGAAAAAGAGUUUGAUCAGCGCUAAACAUCGUCUUGCACAAACCGAAGCAGCAACUUAUGAUUCUGACUGGAUUCAUGCAAGUGGUUGGGAAUGUGCCCAGUCUGAGUGGACUGCAACUGUUAAUGUUCUGAAACAUCAUCAGCAGGAUGUGAAGAAUAAACUCGGAAGUGAUGUGAAUGUGCUCUUGUUGUUUGGAGGUGACGUCAUCGAAUCAUUCGACAAGUUUUAUGCAGAUGGAACGCCAGUUUGGGAUCGUGAAGAUGUUGAGGAAAUCAUCUCUGCAGGAAUAGUCGUCCGAUCGCGACCUGGUUCAGAUCCUGAACAAACCCUUAAAAAAUUGAACCUCAAUGAAAACUCUGACAAAGUGCAUUUCAUCAAGAAUGCAAUCUCGUCAAACUCAAUAAGUUCAACAAGUCUUCGUGCAGCUCUGAAAGAACAUCGCUCUAUCAAAUACACCACACCAGAUUCCGUAAUCAAGUACAUUAAAGAUCAUAGACUCUACGAAUGAGCCUAAAUUUUUUGUAUUUAUUGGUUGCUAUUAGAAUUCACUUCGAUUGCCUUACUAUGUGUUGAGGCGUUUCGGGAUUUUGCAAGAUGAAAAACUUAGUCUAAUCGUUAUUAACAACACUUAUAAAAUGAAUAAUUAUUUU